AUGAAGCUCCUGCUGAUUGCCGUCGUUAUUUCUAUUCACACAACAGGGCUCUUGACAACAGCAGAACCGAAAUGUGAACCCCGGUACAAUGGCGGUUAUGGAGGUGGCAGAGGAGGAAACGUUAUACCAAACUGGACUUUUAAUCCCCGAACCAAUCACUGCGAAGCAAUUAUGACGAAAGGGCGCUGUCAUUCUUCGCAGAACUGCUUUCCAUCUGAGGACGAGUGUGAAUUCGAAUGCGAUCCAGAGACGCAGUUGUUUAAGGAAAUCCUUCAAGGUUGAUAAGAGGAGGGCGUUUAUCUAGUUCGGUCAAACGAGCAGAUUUAUGCAUAUAAUGGUUAUACACUAUUUAUUAUAAGG